AUGGCGAUGGUGGAGCGACUUGAGGAUGAUGAUGCGGCCUGGCGACGCCAAGCGUUGAUGGAAAUUGACCCUUUUGAGGCUGAGCCGCAGUCGGUGGCCAAGCUUGACCGCACCGAAGAUGAGAUGCCGGCAAACAGCGCACCUGCUGUGGGAGAUAAGGAUGGGGACGACCGAUGUGAACCAGAGCUUCAGUUCGACUCCGCACCGUCGGACGAUGAGCCUAGCCCCACGCGAGACCAGCCAAGCCCGCUUGCAAAGCCCUCAGAGCUGGAUGAGGGUUUGCCAAGAGAGCAGACGGAGGAAACAAGGGCGGAGUCGCCUGAAUCCAGGGAGGCCGCAUCGAGGGAGGACUCGAUUCAAGCAGGUGCAGCAAGCGGUGAUGGCCAAGCGCAAGAAGACAAGGACGAGAAAAAGGAGGAGCUCGAAGAGGCAGAUCCAGAGGAAGCUGAUGCCGCAGAGCAGCCUGCGACGGAGGAGGCCGAUCAUGGCACGGGAACGGGGGAGCUUCCAGCUGAG